CUCGCUUUUAGUAUUGAUUCUCACGACAUUAAUUCGUAUAUAUCCCUCGGACAGUUCGCCCUGCCAGUGUACUUUCGACUUCAUAUCGGUUCCAACUCCCGCUCACGGCUGCCUUCUCUCGGCUUUGCACCUCGGUUUCUUUACCACCGUCAAGCAUGGCUGGGACGCGCCGUAGCGCGGGCCAGGUCCGGGAUUCUAUCGAGGCCAAGAUCGACAAGAACGAAGAUGUAGAGAUGGAAGACCGCGGCGACGAUCAAGAGGAGGAUGCCGAUGGAGAGCCUGACCUCGAAGCUGAUGCGGAUGCGGAUGCGGAUGCGGAUGCUGAUGCUGAUGAGGACGCCGAUGCCGACGCCGACGCCGACGCCGACGCCGACGCCGACGCCGACGCCGACGCCGACGCCGACGCCGAUGCAGAUGCCGACGGUGAACCUGACGACGACGAAGAAGAGGACUUCGACCCUCGAAACUGGCUGGCCCACAUCGACAAACUCCAGAAGUACCUGUCCAGUUAUCAAGAAGACGGCGAGGAAGUGGCGGCUGGCUUUCAGCGAAUACCCAACAAGCGCGUGCUCCCUGAUUAUUUUACCGUUAUCCAGAACCCUGUCGCAUUUAGCACAAUUCGGUUCAAACUGCAGAAGAAACAGUACACUCGGUUCGCCGAAUUCGUCCGAGACGUCGCCCUCAUCUGCCACAACGCCCAGGUGUAUAACCGUCCGUCCGCGCCAAUAUUCGGCGCCGCUGUGCGGCUGCGCGAGAUCUUUGUGGAAGAACUGAAGAAACUGGUGGCCAAGGGCGUCAUCAAAGCCGAAGAAGCCGAGUUGCCCUACCUAGGCGAGCUACCCCCAGCGGACGAGUCACCGGAGCCGGAAGAAGGGGACGGAGAAGAAGGGGACGAAGAAGAGGGGGAGGAAGGGGAAGGGGACGAAGAAGAAGAGGACGACGACGACUCGGACGACGACGGUCCUCGUCAUCGAGGGCGGCGGGGCAGGCGGAGAUGGCGACGAACCGGCGACGACGGCGGCAGGGACGAAGACGGAACCAAAAGGAGAGGCCGGCCCCCCCGGGUCCUGACCCCCACCGAGGCGCGCAUCCAAGCGUUACUGCGAGGUCUCCGGAGGUCGAAGGACGAGGACGGCGACCCUCUCAUCCUGCCGUUCGAGAAGCUGCCCGACAAGCAGCAGCUUCCGGACUACUACGAGGUCAUCGCCAGCCCGAUCGCUCUCGACUUCAUCAAGAAGAAGGCCAAGCGGAAGAAAUACCAGAGCGUCGAGCAGGUGCUGCGCGACCUGGACCUCAUGUUCCACAAUGCGCAGACGUACAACGAGGACGGUAGCGACAUCUUUGAGGCGGCUGUGGAGCUGCAGAAGCAGGCGCACGCGCUGGCGGCGCAGGAGAAGGCGCGCCCCGAUGACGAGUUUCGGGACGAUGCUGGUAAACUGCCCCUAUCUGCGAUAGAGUAUAACGGGGAGACCUGGCGAGUUGGCGAUUGGGCCCACAUCAAGAACCCCAACGACCCGAGCAAGCCCAUCGUGGCGCAGAUCUUCCGGACGUGGCAAGACGGGUCGGGCCAGCGGUGGAUCAACGCGUGCUGGUACUACCGGCCGGAGCAGACGGUGCAUCGGUUCGACAAGCACUUCUUCGAGCACGAGGUGGCCAAGACGGGGCAGUACCGCGACCACCAGAUCGAGGAGGUGGUGGGGCGGUGCUUCGUCAUGUUCGUGACGCGGUUCCCCAAGGGGCGGCCGCGGGGCUUCCCGGCGGGCAACAAGGGGGUGUACGUGUGCGAGGCGCGGUACAACGAGGAGCGGUGCCGGUUCAACAAGAUCAAGACGUGGGCGGUGUGCAUGCCGGACGAGCUGCGCGACCGCGACUACGAGAUGGACCUGUUCGACCAGCCGCGCAGGAUGAGGAAGGUGCCCAGCCCCAUCAAGCACCUGCUGCAGCAGGAUGCGAAGGAGACCGAUCCGCUGCCUAGGCCGACUUGGGGGCAUCCGAAUGCGCCGCCCAUCAUUGGCGCGGUGCAUCGCCGGCCUCGUGAAGCCAAUGACUCCCCUCCACCCGAGGCAGCUCCGACACCAGCUCCAGCUUUCUCUUUCCCUACGGGGCAAGCGCACUUUUCGCCCAACGUGCAACGAGGUCCCGCGAUGGCCCAUCCGCCGCCUCGGCAAAUGAGCGCGGGCGGGGUCAUGGCGAACUCGGCUACACCAUACAACAUGGCAGCGGCAGCGGCAGCGCAAAUUGCAUCGCCGUCGCCAGCUCCGUAUCCUGUGCACUACGGUCCUCCGCAACAAUACCCUGCAGGGUCGCCCGUGGCCCCUACCCAUAGCCCGAUUCCCAAUCACCACGUGGCGCCGGUGCCGGUGCCGAUGGGGCCGACGGGGCCGACGGGGCCGACCGUUCCACAUCAAUCGCCGCACCGCCAGGCGGCGGUCCGCCCCAUGUAUCCACAACAGCACCCCCAGCAGCCCCAGCAGCCCCAGCACCAGCAUCCGCAUCAUGUCCACUCUCAGCACGUCCAGCAUUUGCAAGUGCCCCCACCGCAGCAGGGAUACCACCAGCCAAGCUACCACCAUCAGCAGCAUCCCGGUCAGCCUCCACUCCAUCCCCAACCACACACACCUUCCUUUGACCAUCAACAACACCACCCCCAACGCAUGCCCGUGCCCAUGCCAAUGCAAAUGCCCAUGCCCAUGCCCAUGCCCAUGCCGGUGCACAUGCAAAACCUACAGAACCGCUCCCCAAUGGCCCCGACCCCGGGCAACGCAACAAUGCCGCCGCAGGCAGCCAACUACGGCUACGACGCCACGGCGCGGUCGGCCGACGUCUACACGCUGCCGGACCAGCUCAACGACGCGCUGCCGGACGAGCUCCGCAAGCAGUACAGCUGCGACGGCGCGGGCAAGCUCCUGUUCUUCACGGCGCCGCCCUACGAGACGGCGCACCGCGGCAUCGCGCCCGACAGCUACGGGCUGGGCCACAGCGCGCGCUACCUGGCGGGGCGGGAGGCGUGGCUGGCGGAGCGCGACCGGAAGCGCAAGGCGCGGGACGAGGCGCGGGCCGAGGCGCAGCAGAAACGCGCGGCGGUCGAGAGGGAGGAGCGCGCCGACGCGCGGGCGCGGGCGCGGGCGCUCGACCGGGCGACCGACGCCGUGGCGAAUUGGCUGACGGCUUAUAAUGAGGAGACGAAACACAUCACGACGAUCACGGAUGGGGAAGGAUUGGGCGGUGCUGCUGCGGCGGCGGCGGAGGUCGAGAAUGGUGUUGUCAAAGCACAGGUGGCCUAGAUGGGCUGGCCGCAGCAUCUCAUCCUGGUCUCAAAUUUUGUAUUUUUUUUUCAUCCUCAUUCUCAUCUUCCUUUUUCACCACCACCCAACUUCUCGACGACCUUAAUUGGGCACACGGCUCAACUAUCCUACCUUUACCUUUUUUUUUUUCAGUUUUUCAGUUUUUGUUUCAGCCAAGGCUUUAACGAGGUGUGCGACGUGGGGACGCAGUGUCAUGGAAUUUAGGUUCUGCGAGCCCCAAGAGACGAGGCAUGGAGGCAUUGUCGCCUAAUUCUACUGGGC